GCAUUUUUGAAUAGGCUCCUGUUGCUGGUUGCAAGUUCUUAUGAUUAUUCUUCCACUGGAGUGCUGCAGGGGGGAUGAUGAGGUGAAUCAUGGCAGGUAGAUCAGUUGUUACCUCUUCUGCAGAGUGACGGAAAGAAGAGUUGAACUUCUGAUAGUGGAGUCAGCAGCUCACAGUACGUGUUCAGCAAGAGCACAGAGAUGAGAACUCUUAUUUUCAUCCUGUGUGCAUUCGUUGCAAGUCUUCAGACCGGUUUGGGAAGCACAGACCCCCAAGAUGCUGCUGCUCUGAUGUCUCUAAUGAGCGAGUGGCAGAACACGCCUCCGAGCUGGGGGACAUCCAACGAUCCUUGUGAAACACCUUGGGAAGGUGUCUCAUGCAACAACUCUAAAGUCACCAUUAUGGAUCUAUCAUUCAACAAUAAGCUUGGUGGUCAACUAACUCCGAGUAUUGGAAGCUUGAUGAAACUGACCACCCUAAUCUUAGCUGGUUGCAGCUUUACUGGGAGUAUCCCAGAUGAACUAGGAUCUCUACAAAACCUCUCAUAUCUCGCUCUAAACUCAAACCAGUUCACUGGCGAAAUCCCAUCAUCCAUGGGCAAGCUUUCCAAUCUUUUCUGGUUCGAUAUCUCCGAUAACCAUAUCAGUGGACCUAUUCCAGUCUCCAAUGAACUAGAACCUGGCUUGGACCUACUUUACCACGCAAAAUAUUUCCAUUUCAACAAAAAUCAAUUAUCUGAUGACAUCCCGGAAAAACUCUUUCACUCAAACAUGAUAUUGUUACACGUACUUUUUGUUGGAAACAAAUUAACGGGAAGAAUUCCAGAUUCCAUAUGUUUAGUAACAACCAUUCAGGUUCUGCGAUUGGACAGGAAUUUCCUAAGUGGCUCAGUUCCAUCCAAUAUCAACAAUCUUACAAGCAUCAAUGAACUAAACCUAGCAAAUAACAUGUUAACGGGUUUAAUACCAGAUCUGAGUGGAAUGGAUAGCCUCUAUUAUGUGGAUUUGAGCAACAACACCUUUGCUCCCUCAGAAAGCCCAGCAUGGUUCUCGAAUGUUACAUCGCUCACUGUGCUAGUGAUACAGUUAGGAGGGCUUUAUGGAGAAGUACCUGAAACACUUUUCAGUUUUCCUCAGUUACAGCAAGUGAUACUGGAUUACAAUCAUUUUAAUGGCACCCUUCGACUGGGCCCGUCUGUCAGCAAACAAUUACAACUUGUGAGCUUCGAAUAUAAUGAUCUCACAGGAAUCGAACUGCCAAACGAUUAUAACCAUACGUUCCUGACACUCGUAGGAAAUCCUAUUUGCUAUCGGAAUCGAAUACCAUCAUUAUGCAUGCUUGGCCGACAACAACCAGUUCCUUACUCAACCAGCGUUAAUUGUGUGUCGAACUUGUGCCCCCCGGAUCAGAGUCCUAAUCCUCAGAGUUGCAGUUGUGCCUACCCAUUCCAGGGAGUGAUGUACUUCAGAGCACCUUUUUUCAGAGAUGUGUCAAAUAGAACGCUGUUCCAAGAACUGGAAAAUAAAUUGCAGACAGUACUUGAUCUCACACCUGGAUCAGUAUUCUUGCAAAAUCCAUUUUUCAACGACAACUCUUAUAUGCAAAUACAGGUCCAAAUUUUCCCAUCCACUGGAAUGUACUUCAGUAGGUCUGAGAUCCAAGACAUUGGGUUCAAUCUCAGCAAUCAAACGUUCAAGCCUCCUCUAUUGUUUGGUCCUUACUAUUUCAUUGCAUCCACAUACCCUUUCCCAAGUGAUCUCGAUGAUCUCUCUUUUGGACAAUAUUUCUCCGAGUCGGUGGACUUACAUGUUAAGAUCCUAAUAUGCGAAUAUUGCGGAUAUACCUGAUAAAUACCUAUGGGAUAUGCUUAUUACGAGUUUGGUUUUUUGUAUGUGAAUCCUAUGCGGGUGGAAACUCGUUCACUUAUAUAUAUAUACGAUUUAUCAUUAUUGUGAUUUAUCAUUAUUGUAUACGAUUCUUCUGUCUGCCAAGAAGAGAUAUGACAAACAUCCUGCUGAUUCCUACGGAAGAUCAAGUCCUGUUGUGCUUUUCUCUUCUUGAUCUACAAGUUGUUCUAGCUACAUCUCAUCAAGGGACAGCGUUGAAUCUUGACAUUGGUUAGUGAUAUAGGAGGUCCUCAAAGGAUGUCACGUGGCCAAGAAGGUCAAUAGUCAUAUUGAGAUGGUAGUCAAAGUCAAUGGAGAGCUGAGUUAUUCCCCAACUUCAUGUGACGCCAACUACCCACAACCUUGAAUCCACUCAAUCUCAAUUCCAAGCGGCCCCAGCUCUAUGAUGAUCCCGCCUCUAAAUCAACCCAACUAGCCGGAGUAGCACACCGACCGGUGGCAAUUAAGAUGAUAAGUUGUGGUUCACUGAAGACACAGAUAAUGUAAUCAUUAUUCCUCAAAGAACGUGAAAAAUAUUGUCAUUUUACUUCGAGAAAGGUGGACAACAUCACUAUUUAUUUUAGGAACGUAUGUAACAUUAGCGAGAAUCUCGGGACAAGGAGAGCUGAGUCAUAACCUUAUAAAAGGUAGCUCAUUCCUACGAACAUAGGUAUACAUGUACAUACAUCCAAAACCUUAAAGCUAUUGUUCAUCUUCCACUUCUUCAUUCUCCUCCAUCGGAGACUUAUGUAUCAGAGACUUAAACAUAAGAAUAACUAUAUUAAAAAUCUUUAGUCAUCAUUCAAACUCCC